AUGUAUGUCAAAGUUGAAAACACCCGCCUUGACUUCUUCCGAAGAAAUAAGGACACCAUAAGGGCAGACCUUUACCAAGGAAUUCUGGACACUGUUGAAAGUGGCGAAAAUAGCGCGGCAAAUGUGGGGCAUCGUGUUGUGCUACCACCAACCUUCAUUGGAGGUCCUCGGGAUCUAAAGAAAAGGUAUCUAAACGCAAUGUCUCUUGUGCAUCUCUAUGGGAAACCAGAUUUGUUCGUCACCAUGACUUGCAACCCUGCAUGGCCUGAAAUCAAACAAGAACUCAGUGUCGGGGAAGAUGUACAGAACCGACCUGAUCUGGUGUCAAGAAUUUUCCGGGCAAAAUUGUUAGCCUUGAAAAAACAGAUCAUGCAGAAACAUGUGUUCGGCGAGGUUGCUGCACUGAUUUAUGUUGUCGAGUUUCAGAAACGGGGUUUGCCUCAUGCACAUUUCCUCAUCAUUCUCAAACCGGAUUUCAAAAUCAAGACUCCGGCUGAUUAUGACAAGUUCGUGUAUGCUGAAAUACCCUCCUUGGAUAACCCAAGCCUCAGAAAAAUCACCCUUAAGCAUAUGAUGCAUGACCCUUGUGGCCAAUUAAACCCUCAAUGUCCUUGCAUGAAGCGUAAAGGAAACAAGGUGCGUUGUAAAAGUGGGUAUCCGAAACAAUUUUGCACUGAAACAACCAACAAUACUGAUGGUUUCCCUCUGUAUAAGAGAAGCGACACCGGCGAAACAGUCUCCAUUCGAAGGGCGAACUUGGAUAACAGGUGGGUUAUUCCAUAUAAUCCAUACUUAUCGUCCUUGUUUGACUGCCAUAUCAACGUUGAGGUUUGUUCGAGCAUCCAGGCAGUCAAAUACUUAUACAAAUAUGUCUACAAGGGCCAUGAUAGAAUCUCGUUCAAUGUUGUGCAAGACGGUGAACAAAGGACUGUUGAUGAGAUAGCGCAAUACCAGUCAGGUCGAUGGGUUUCACCAUGCGAAGCUGCAUGGUGGAUUUUUUCCUUUGAUUUGUACAAAAUGCAUCCAGCCGUUUUGCCACUCCAGGUCCACUUGCCUAACAUGCAAAUGGUUCAGAUCAGGCCUCAUGAAAGGCUUGAUUCGGUGCUUGCAUCAGACAGGCGGCACUGUACUUCUCUAACAGAGUUCUUCAAGGCAAAUGCUGCUACACCGAAUGGCACGGGCUGCCUGCUAGCAUUUGUUGCUCCUUCUGAAGGAGAACGUUACUUCUUGCGCUUACUGCUCGUCCAUGUGUCUAGCCCGAAGUCGUUUGAAGAUCUCUUGACAGUUGAUGGCUACAAAUGUGCAACUUUUCAAGAAGCAUCCCUAAAACGCAGAUUGCUUGAAGAGGAUGAGGCGGUUGACCUAUGCUUAGCAGAAGCAUGCGAGGUGCAAAUGUCGUCCGCUCUACGCCGACGGUUUGCAACAGUGCUAAUUUUCUGCCAGCCAAGUAACCCGAAUGCACUGUGGUUGAAAUACUAUGCUGCUAUGUCUGAAGAUUUUAACAACCAGUUCCCAGAUUCAGAGAGCAAGGUCAAGCAGCUUACUGUCAGAUUAGUCGAGCAAUGUUUAGAAGAAAUGGGGAAAUCACUGCAAACUUUUGGUCUGGGUUACUUGAAUGAGGUUCAGGAUGCCGAGGUCGCUCGAACAUGGGACAUCACUGACGCACUUGAUGCACCAAUACCUGACCACUGUGUUGCAUGCCGUGACAGGUUAAACCCAGCACAACAAGAUGCUUUCAACUGCAUCAUUGAUCAUGUGAAGCAUAAACGACAUGGAGCAUUCUUUAUUGAUGGGCCUGGUGGGACAGAUAAAACAUUCCUGUACAAUGCCUUAUACGCAGAGGUUCCGCUCAUGGGUGAAAUUGUGCUCCUUACUGCUACGUCGGGUAUUGCUGCAGCUAACAUACCCUCGGGAAGAACAGCACAUUCCAGAUUCAAAAUCCCGAUUGAUACUGAAGCUUCCCUCGCCUGCGAUGUACCAAAGCAAGGAAGUCUGGCUGCAUUUUAUACAGGCAACAACUUUGAUCAUAUGGGACGAGGCUUCGAUGGCACGAAAAGAGAAUGUUGA